ACACUUAAAACUCUUAGUCCAAAGGGCGAUUUAACAAACACUUGGAAAUUAUGUGGAGGCAUACGAUCCUGAAUAGCACAAAAUUAGCAGGAAAUGCUACAUUCUGCAGGCGAGUUGCGACGCACAGUCCCAAGUUGGGCGCGGAAACCAAUCGGAACAAGGAGAAGGCGAGUGAGAAUCAGUCUUUCAUGGCCAACAUAUUCCGGGGUUCGUUGGAGUCGAGCCAAGUGUUCCCGUACCCGGAUGUCCUGACCACGGAGCAGAAGGACCUGACCAACAGCCUGAUAGACCCGUUUGAACGAUUCUUCGCAGAGGUCAACAACGCCGCCCAGAACGAUGCCAAUGCCAAACUGGACGACACCACGUCGACGGCCUUGUGGGAACUUGGGGCCUUUGGGAUCCAAGUGCCAUCCGAGUACGGCGGCCUCGGUCUGAACAACACCCAGUACGGCAGGCUAUGCGCCAUUGUGGGUGCCAAUGAUCUGGGACUGGGCAUCACGAUUGGCGCCCACCAAAGUAUCGGAUUCAAGGGAAUCCUGCUGUACGGCACCCCGGAGCAGAAGGAGAAGUAUCUGCCCAAGGUGGCCUCGGAGCAAGUCUACGCGGCCUUUGCCCUCACGGAGCCAAGUUCCGGAUCAGAUGCCGGCUCCAUUCGAUGCCGCGCUGUGAAGAGUGCCGACCAGAAGCACUUCGUUCUGAAUGGUUCGAAAAUCUGGAUCUCCAAUGGUGGCAUAGCCGAAAUCAUGACCGUGUUCGCUCAGACCGAACAGGUGGACCCGAAGACAGGCGAGAAGAAGGACAAGGUUACGGCGUUCAUUGUGGAACGGUCUUUUGGUGGCGUCACUAAUGGUCCGCCAGAGAAAAAAAUGGGCAUAAAGGCAUCGAACACGGCUGAAGUUUACUUCGAGGAUGUGAAAAUUCCAAUCGAAAAUGUGCUCGGCAAGGAAGGGGACGGUUUUAAGGUGGCCAUGAACAUAUUGAACAACGGCCGGUUCGGAAUGGGUGCCACGCUGUCGGGAACCAUGAGGAAAUGCAUCGAACUGGCCACCGAUCACGCCAACAAUCGCGUUCAAUUCGGCCAAAAGCUAAAGAACUAUGGUUCCAUUCAGGAAAAGUUGGCCCAAAUGAACAUUCUGCAAUACGCCACGGAGUCGAUGGCGUUCACCAUUUCGCAGAACAUGGACGCCGGCAGCAAGGACUAUCACUUGGAGGCCGCGAUAUCGAAGAUCUAUGCCUCGGAGAGCGCUUGGUACGUCUGCGACGAGGCUAUUCAAAUUCUGGGCGGCAUGGGAUAUAUGGUGGACACUGGCCUGGAACGCGUCCUGCGGGACUUGCGUAUUUUCCGCAUAUUCGAGGGCACAAACGACAUUCUUCGGCUGUUCAUUGCACUGACUGGCAUCCAGUAUGCGGGGUCGCAUCUCAAGGAACUGCAGCGUGCAUUUAAGAAUCCAUCCGCCAAUUUGGGACUGAUCUUCAAGGAAGCCUCGAAGCGGGCUGCCUCGACGGUCGGUUUGGGUGGCACCGAUCUGAGUGUCCAUGUGGUGGAUGAACUUCUACCCUAUGCCAAGAAAACGGCUCACUGCAUCGAUCUAUUCGGUCAGUCGGUGGAAGAACUGUUGCUGCGAUACAACAAAAAUAUAGUAAACGAGCAAAUUUUGCUAACACGACUGGCGAACGCUGCCAUUGAUAUAUACUCGAUGGUCGUGACGCAAUCACGAUCGUCUCGCGCCGUCACUCUCAACCUUCCAACUGCGCAGCACGAGCUCAACAUGACCAAGGCACUGACCAUUCAGGCCUCCGAUCGAGUGAUCAAGAACCUGCAGGCUGCCACUUCCAGGCACCACAAGGCUCUGAAUGACAAAAUAGCCACAAUCGCUUUAGCUACCCUGGAAAAUGGGGGUGUAAACACGACUGGUGUCUUAGAUCAAAACUAGAAAAAUGUACUUUGAUACGAAUUUAAAGCCUUUGAAUGUUCUUUUUUUAACAAGUUUGCGAAUAAAAUACUGUAGAUAAUGAAAAAUUA